AUGUCGACUGAACGCAAGGUUUACUUUGUGUUCGGUGGCCCAGGUGCCGGCAAAGGUACCCUUUGCACCAGACUCGCUCAGGAAAUGGGUCUGGCGCACGUCUGUGUCGGCGACCUCCUUCGCGCCGCAAUAGAGCGUAGUGACGAAUUCGAAGCUCGGGAGCAGGUGCAGCGGGCGAUGAAGGAGGGAAAACUGGCCCCAGUUGGAGCGAUCAGGACCGUCCUCGAGAAAGCACUCCAGACCCAGUCGGUCGUCCUGCUGGACGGAUUUCCGCGCAGCUUGGAGCAGAUGAGCAUGUUCGAGGAAUUCUUCGGAAACGAUGGAGCGUCGCGUGCGAAAGCGCCAUCUGACGUGUGGAUGCUGAUCGGCCAGUUCGACUGCGAGGGCGACUUGGAUGAGAUUUACGAGGGCAUCAAGAACCAGUUUCAGGCGCUCUUGAACAAGGUUAAGACUGAUCGAGAAUGA